UCAGUAAAGUAGAAGCCCAGAUAAUUAUGUUUGUAUUUCAGUUGUUCAUAUUUUUAAUAUUCUUUUCCCUGUAUUCUGGAGAAGACACAACAUCUGUACUGACAAGGAUAUAAUGAAUACUGGAUUCAAGCAACCCUUUGGUUUUGAGUUACUCUUUGGUUUUGGUUUAAAAUUAUAAUUCAUAGGCUUUAACCUGGCAUGCACAAAAGUAAAAUGCUGCAUCCAUGAUUUGUCUCUAUUGUGUGUUCAGCUUUUACUCUCAGUCUCUUUUAUGUAAGUCAUCUUUUUAUUUAAACAACCUGCUCUGCAAAUUACCUAUGCACCUGGAUCCUCCUUAAACAUCAUUAUGACAUUUCACCUUAACAGUAAUGCAGUACUUUUCCAAUCAGAUGAGUAGUCUUGCUUUAAUUUGGAAGAAAUUGGCAAAGUGUUUAAUGCCUCAAAUGUAUAAUCUUAUUUACAGGUCAUUUCCAACAAUGUUUCAAAGAAGGCAAUCCAAAGGAAAGAGGCCUUUCCCAGCUCCUAGUAAUGUCAUACAUGCAGUUCGCAACCUUCAGUUGCAAUUCUGUCUUUUGCCUGAUUCCACGACAAAAACCCCAAAGAAUGAAAUACGGCUUCUUCAAGCUGGACUUGGAAGGCGAACUCUCAGCAUAGCUGACAAUGCUGAUCAUGAAGAAAUUACUAUAGCUCUGCAUGAAGAGUAUCCGAAGAUGAAGGCCCUAACUGGUGGAUGGCUCUUGUAUAAAGCAGGAGGUGGUAGCGGACAGAGAAAUCUCUCUCUAGUAUCUCAGGGAACACAAGGCUACACAGCCAAGACGCUCAAGAUGGCCACCAACAAUGGAAAAAAUACACUUUAUAUUGUCCCUCUCCAAGAAAAAAUUGAUACUACACCUCUUCCACACGAUGCUGCAGAAUUCAGCAAAAUGCCGAAGUCUCAGUGCAAGACCUGUGGUGUGACUAUGCCUCUUCAGCUACUUGUUUGUCACGUAGAAAACUGUGUACAAGAAGCUGCGUGUGAAAGCAUGACUGACCAGGCACAUCAGAAUGAAGUCCAAUUGGAGCCUUCUUGUCCUGUUUGGGGAAAUCGUUAUCCUCCAGAUGACUUGGUCUUGCAUGCCAGUACAUGUGGUGAUCGUGAAGUGGAUGACCUGCAUCAUACAGCACAUGAAGUCAGAGACACACUUCUCAAUUUUGCUGCUGAGAUGAACACUGACAUCCCAGCCAACAAUAAGGAAGUAGAACAGUGGAAAAAGGCCAGUGAUCCCCAAGAUGCUGCAGUUUUGUUUAAGAGGCAUCUCUUAAAGGAAAAGGAGGAGAACCCCACAAUCACAGCUGUCAUUGACAUUCGACAAGAUCAAACAUCCCAGAGCCGAGAGAUCAUUGCUUUCUACAAAAGACCACAGAUUGAUUGGGCAGGACCUUUUCGUUGUUCUUUACAAGGUGACACAGCUGUUGGCACUGGGGUCCAGAGACAUUUUUUCAGCAUGGCAAUGCUAAAGUUGCAACAUGGCUUUAACAUCCAUAGCGGUGCAGCCAACAUGACCCUUCUCUUUGAGGGACAAGAGAACCAUCUAGUGCAUUCUACUUCUCAGAUUAUGGCAGACAGUGACUUAUUUGUGGUAGCAGGCAGAAUGAUUGGGCAUUCAUUUUUGAAUGAUGGGCCACGAUUGCAUGGCCUCAGCAAGGCUAUUAUUCACAUGUUGGUCCAUGCUGAUAGAGACACUGUCACUGUCCAGCUCGAUGAUGUGCCAGAUCUAGAUAUUCGUUCUACAAUUUGCAUGCUUGAUGGUAAUAAACAUAUCAGCGAGCAGCAGAAGGAUGACAUUAACAAUUUGGCCAUUUCCUGGGACUUGCCAGCCGUCAGUGCAGAAAACCGCAGAUGGCUGUUCGAACAGCUUCUCCAUCAUGCAGCUGUUCAUAGCCACAUUGUUUGGCCAGGAGAUGAGGGCGAUGAUGAAGACGAUGAUGAUCCACCUUACCCACUAAGCAUCCAAAUGCAAACAGUGGGAUUUCUGAAGACCUACAUUGAAACAGCCACUCCAUUCCAGCUCAGCCAGCUGAUGAGGUUUUGGGUCGGGUGGGAAAUUCCGACUGGUACCAUGAAGGUUGAAGUAGUCAAAGCAGACUACCUCAUAUCCUCUACAUGUUUUGGAACGUUGCGUGUGCCUGGGCACUUCCACGAGUACAAUGUCUUUUCCAAACAUGUUGAUGAUUGCAUUGCAACUUGUGCCACAGGUUUCGGUCUUAUUUAAAAGCAAUUUGUAGACACUGGAUGUCGAAUAAACUUUACCAUGCUUGAAAAAUGUUUUACGUAGCCAAAAGUUUCACUGUUACUUAGGCUUGUUGAUUUUUUGGGAAUAUUGUCAUGCGAGUUUAAAUAUAAAAAUUAAAGUUACAGUUCCCACUAUUAACAUUUAUAUUUGAAGUUAAGGAACUAAUGAUUGUGUUAUUUAGGGUUGUUUUGUUAACUUAAAGUCAUUGUCAUGCAUCCGAUUCACAUCAUCUCUUUGUUUGAAGCAGUUUCAUGGAUUACAAGAGGUGAAAAAAAGUAGAUUAAUACUAAAGCUGUAUUAAAUGUUACACACAGUCCAAUGCUGUUGAAUAUAAUGUUAAUAAAAAUCUGCCACACUGUCA